GUCAGAAGUUGUCUCCAGCUUCUGGAUGAGUGUCUGUCAAGAGAGAGGCUGUCAGCAGAAUGGGUCUCGGUAUAUAGCCUUAAGCUUGUCAGAAUCUCGAUACAGACCGUGUUGUUCUGGACUCACAGAGAUCUGCUUGCCUCUGCAUCUCCAGCCCUGAUAUUAAAGACGUGCUACCGUCCAUGACCAGCGCAGAAUAAUUCAUCUUGUGAAAAUUGGCUGGCAGCGGAGAACACCUUGAAAAAGUACUACCUCUCCACAUUUUAUGGGAUCGAGUUCGUUUUUGGAAUGCUUGGGAAUGUCGCAGUGGUGUUUGGCUACCUCUUCUGCCUGAAGAACUGGAACAGUAGCAAUGUCUAUCUCUUUAACCUUUCCAUCUCUGACUUGGCUUUCCUGUGCACCCUUCCUAUGCUGAUAAAGAGUUAUGCCACUGAGAAGUGGAGCUAUGGAGAUAUUCUCUGCAUAAGCAACCGAUAUGUACUCCAUGCCAACCUCUACACCAGCAUCCUUUUCCUCACUUUCAUCAGCAUAGAUCGGUAUCUGCUUAUGAAGUUCCCUUUCCGAGAACACAUUCUGCAAAAGAAGGAGUUUGCCAUUUUAAUCUCUUUCGCUAUCUGGGUCGUAGUGACUUUAGAAAUUUUGCCUAUACUCACUUUCAUUAAUUCUGUCCUAACACAAAAGGGCACCAGCUGCAUCGACUAUGCAAGUUCCGGAAACCCUAAAUACAAUCUCAUUUACAGUCUGUUCCUGACUUUGCUGGGUUUCCUCGUUCCUCUUUCUGUGAUGUGCUUCUUUUACUACAAGAUGGUAGUCUUCCUAAAGAGGAGGAGCAGGCAGCAGGCGACGGCCCUGCCGCUGGACAAACCUCUGCGCCUCGUGGUCCUGGCGGUAGCGGUCUUCUCUGUGCUUUUCACACCCUACCACAUCAUGCGAAAUCUGAGGAUCGCCUCACGCCUGGAGAGUUGGCCACAGGGAUGUGCGCAGAAGGCUAUUCAAACCUUGUACAUCCUGACCAGGCCCCUGGCCUUCCUGAACAGUGCCAUCAACCCCAUAUUCUACUUCCUCAUGGGAGACCACUUCAGAGAGAUGCUGUUUAAUAAGCUCCGGCAAUACUUCAAAUCCCUUACGUCCUUUCGGACACGAGCAACUGGAUGAGGGUCUUUUCACAGCCAAAAUAAGGGGCUUCGCUAAUGAGGCUGUGUAGCUGAGUUGUUUUUGUUGUUUUGUUUUGUUUUUUUUAAUUGGUUUGUUUGUUUGAGACAGAGAGGAUUUCUCUGUGUAGCCAUGGCUGUCCUGGAGUUGCUUUGUAGACCAGGCUGGCCUCAAACUCAAAGAGAUACACCUGCCUCUGCCUCCCGAGUGCUGGGAUUACAGUUGCACGACUCCCCCUCCCCCCGCUGUGCAGCUGAAUUGUAAUCAAGUAGACAACUAUCUCCAGUCUUUUGUGCCUCCACCCCACCUGGCCCCCAAGGGCUUGAGUUCAAGCUGGGUCUUAAUGUACACUAUUAACUGUUAUUUUUAGAAGUUACAUUCUUAAAAAGAUUAAAUAACAGCAACAUCUGAAUAAAGCAAUAUAAUUUAACUAUAAUUUUAAUAUACAAGUAACUACUCUGUACUGAUCAUGACUUGUGAUUCACCUGUAAUGCUUUGGCCCUUUUCUGUUAGAUGGGCUAUAGCAAAAAGGAUCCUAGUUUGGUUAAAGGAUGUUCAAUGUUAAGCAAAGGGAAUGGGUAUAUUUUAAUUUGUUUGUCAGGAAAUUCAGCCACAAUUAAAUUCCAGGGUAAUUUUACUCAAAUAUUAAAAACAAAAACAAAAAAAAACAUGCCAACUAUGGGUUCUAGAAAUUCCAUCAUUACAGAAAUCAAAAAAUGUGUUAGAAACCCAAAGCAAAAUAAAACACACCAAAAUGA